AUGGAGGGGCGGGUGCUGCGGCGCAGCGUGACGCUGGCGGACCAGCUCGCCGCGGUGGGGUCAGCGCCGUCGGUCGCGGUCGCGGGGCCCGGGGGGGCCGCCGCUGCGGGGUCCUGCAACCUCCGCGACCUGCUCAAGCUCCGCGACGAGGACGACCUCGCGUCGGCCGGGCGCCGGGCCGCCGUCACGCUCGCCUCCGCCAUGGCCGCCGAGAGGCAGGUGUCGUCGGCGCCGUCCCCGUCGUCGUCGUCCGCCGCCGCCGCCGCCGCGGCAGCGGCGCGCACCCUCCUCGACAUCAUCCGCGACGACCAGCCUCCCGCCUCGGGGCCCACCGCCGCCGCCGGUGACCCCCUCGUCCGCCGCGCCAUGUCGCUGCCACCCCCGACCACGGCCACGGCGUCUCCGCCGGCGCCGGCACCCGCCGCCGCCGAGGCCGCCCCUCCCCCGCCUCCGCCUCCUCCGCCGCCCGCGGCCGCGUCGGCGGAUGAGGAGGAGCAGGAGCAGAGGGUCUCCCUGAUGGCGCUCCUGGAGCAGACGGACCGGCAGUGGAGCGCCGUCCCGGGCGGCGCAACCCAGCCCGAAGAAGAAGAUUCAGCGACGUCGGAGGCGCUGGAACCGGCGGACGACACGGAGCUGGAGCCGGAGGCUGCGGGCAGAGGCAUGGUCGCCGGGUGCUGCUGCGUGUGCAUGGCCCGGGCCAAGGGCGCGGCCUUCAUCCCCUGCGGCCACACCUUCUGCCGCGCCUGCGCCCGCGAGCUCCUCGCCGGCCGCGGCCGCGGCCGCUGCGCUCUGCAACGCCGCCAUCGUCGAUGUCCUCGACAUCUUCUGACCCACCACCCACCCCCGCCCUCUGGUGUGGUGCCGACCGACACCUCGUCCGGCGAAAUGCAAGGAAGGACCGCCCUCUUCGGAUCGUCGCCCAAUCCGGUGCGCCCGCGACUGAAAUAG